UGUUACUCAACUUGUGUUGAGGUGGUGCCUUGGGCCCUGAUGCAUUACUGGGGCCCCUAUGUGCCAGGUGCUGUACAAACUCAGAAUGGAUGGUCCCUGCCCCAAACAGCUUACAUUCUGUGGGCAGGAGCUCUCAGUGGGGGGUAAAGGGGGUGUUUCUUCCUUCAUGUGGCUGGUGUAUUCACCCUAAAGCUAGCAGGUGCCAGGUGCAGUUUUCAAGCCUGUAGCACAGUAUCUAUGUGCUGUGGAGAUCGGCUUUGAUCUAGCACCUCUGGGUGAAGAAAUCUUGUUUAUUUCUCACCCUCUGGGUUGGCUCUGGGCUCCUGGCCAUCUGGCUCAUCUUUCAUUUUAUGGACAUGGUUCUGUAUGCACCCAGGUGUUCAAACUCUCUUCUUCAAGGGCCUGAUUCUGUGAGGUGGUUGAGCAUCCUCAAUUCCUACUGCCUUAGGGAGCUGAGAUCACCCCAAGCAGUCUACAUGAGAGAGGCUAUACUAGUAGCUAUGCUAAUAGAGCCACCUAGAGGAGAUGUGGCAUAAAGAGAUCUUUAGUCCAAACGACAUAAACUAUGCUGGUAAAAGGACUUGUGCUGGCGUAGCAGCAUCUACAUGGAGGUUUUUGGCAGCCUGGCUGUGUUGGUCAGUGGUGUGGAUUUUUUCACACCCCUGCCCUACAUAACUAUUCCAGGAAAACUUUGUGGUAUAGACCUGGCCUCAGCAGGUUGCAGGAUUGGGCUGUAAAUUCUCAGACCAGUAAGGCUCCUAAGUGCACACUGUGGGUUUAGACUGGCUGGCAGAGCUUUCCUGGCCACGUCAGAGGCGCUGGCCUUGGGGUGAAGGGUAGUUAAUGUUAGGGCAGCGGAUUUUGGACGUAGCCUGGCAGUGAACUAUAAAGUCUGCUGUGGUGGGGAGAGGUUGUAAAGCACUUUGCAAGCCUGCAUGUUCUAUGCCUCUUGUCCACCAGCCUGAGGCUAGAUGAUAUGAAGCAGCCAGUUAAUGUGUGGGGACCGGAGUGUGCUACAUCUCUCCUGCAUGAUGUGAUGGAGCAGAAGCCAUGGGGGUGUUUUUACCCUCUUCUACUGAAGUGGGGCACAUUUGUUCACUGAGAGACAAGGAUGCCCUGAGCUGACUGACGGGAAUCCCCAUAGGCCUCGUGGCCUGCUUCUUGGGCACUCUGGGGUUAUGCAGAGCCGCUGAUAUGCUCUGUCUUGAAACCGGGAGAUCUUGGGGCAGAUCAGAUGCCGAAUGGAUAUGUGGGGUGGGAGGGCUGAAAGCGGGUUGGAUGAGCUGGCGAGGGCCAGCUGCCAUUCUGUGACGUGUGGUGUGUACCAAAGGAGCCUGGAGGCAGUAUUGGGUGGGUCAUGGUUUCCUGUAGAGAUGAUGGGUAUAUAGAGCUCAGCUGGAACCUGCAGCAGGCUGCCCAGGCUCCAGAAAAAGCCAUCUUUCCCCAUGGAUCAGUCCCUGCUACUCGUGUGACCAAGGGCUUGGAACCAAGGGCCUGCGACUUUGAAUGCUCCAUGACUCUCCCAUUUUCUUCCCAACAGGUAGGUGAGAGCCCUGAGUGUCUGAGCAAGGCAGCAUGGCAAUGUUCCUGGGGGCCAAGAACGCCCACUCAAUUCUCAAACGCUUCCCCCGGGCCAACAGCUUCCUGGAGGAGUUCCGCCAGGGCACCAUCGAGCGGGAGUGCAUCGAGGAGAUCUGCAGCUAUGAGGAGGUCAAGGAGGUGUUUGAGAACAAGGAGAAAACGAUGGAGUUCUGGAAAGGAUACACCAACUCCAUAUACUCCGUCAAGGACCCCGGGCAGGGCACGGAGCGCUCAGAUGCCAUGUAUGUGGUGGUGCCUCUCCUGGGAGUGGCUCUGCUCAUAGUCAUUGCCCUGUUCAUCAUCUGGAGGUGUCAGCUACAGAAGGCCACGCGUCACCGUCCCUCAUACGCCCAGAACCGCUACUUGGCCAGCCGAGCGGGCCGCAGCCUCCCCAGGGUCAUGGUGUACCGAGAGACCUCUCACAGCCAGGGGGAAGGCCAGUCCCAGCGCGAACCAGGCACCAGGGUGCCUGCUGAUGGCAGAGCAGGAGGCACUCUUUAUCCUCCGGAGCACUCCUUCUCCAUCCUCUCCAGACUGUCUAGCGCCACCCCUCCCCCUUCCUAUGAGGAGGUGACCGGUCACCCGGAGAGCAGCAGUGGUGAGGAAACCUGCAUCUCCUACAACGACCCACCGCCCAAAUACGAAGAGAUAGUGGGUGUGGCCCCUGCCUUGGGCAAAUAGCGGUGCUAGCUCCCUGCGCCUGGACCCUCCUUUUGGUGUGAUUCUCUCUCUCACUUUUACUAGACGAUGCCAUCACGGAAAAGCCUUACCUUCUUCGCUCACCAAAAAUAACCGUCUCUAACGGGGAGGUGGCACCAGAGUCCAGGCUGGGGUGCAGCGGAGAGCAGCCACCGAUGCAAGAAGGCACAAGCCCUGGAAAUCCUCUCUCUCCUGCAGCCACAAGCCAGCUCGCACAGGCUCUGCAUGGAGAGAGACCAGCCCCCGAGAGGCACCCUGGCAGGUUAUGUUAGGUUCCUUGGUGCCCAUGAUCACUGGGGUGAAGGGAUCUCAUAGCAGUGGAGUUCCUCUCCCUGUAUCCCAGCAAAGCCCCAUUUCUUUUUGUAGUGGGAAGAGCAGAGCAGCAUGAACAAAACCUUCCCGAGGGGCAAGAGGUGCUUCCUGCCCACCCCAAACAGCUCUGCCCGUGUGACAUGGCACUCACAGAAGCGGGGAGGGGUGCUCUGUGGAGCUCCAGGCUGCGAGAAGGGAGAAUGGCCUUGCCAGCCCUUUCCCAUAAGUGCCGUAACAGCAGGAGAUGAGUGGCAGAUUGUCGCUGGCCCUGUGGGGUUCUCGUCGGUGUGUUCAAUCCAAAAAAUAGGUGUAGUGUCGUCCUGUGUUUGAAACAGCUGCACUGCUGCCUCGGCAUCCACCUCAGCCCCACUGCGUAUGCACACGCUGUCCCCGGCACCCAUGACGCUGAGACGCCCGUAGACAUGGGACCAGCAGUCAGACAGACAGGACCUUUUCAAUGUUUCUUGCAACAUCCAUCAAUGGAGCCGAUGAUGGUAUGUGCCUCAGCAAUCCUGUUGUUCCUACAUCUGGACGAGGUCCUGUUUUCCCUGCAUCUGGACUGUGGGAUCUUUGUUCUGGGAGAGGGUAGGGGAUGGUCCUGGCUAUUUCACUGCUCACUUGUUUAGCACUAAUAUUUUAUUUUGCCUUUGGAAGA